AUGCUUACCGAUAACCCUCAAUCCGCGGGCUUGGAGUUGGAGAUCUCCCAACUUGAGGCGCGUCUCCAUGACCUCCGCUCUCAGCUUGACGCUACCAACUUCCCUUCCCCACCAUCAUCUCACACAGACACUAAGACACCACAAUGGACAAUCCCAUCAGACCUAUAUAAUAAUAAAUUCCAAUCGGACUCAGUCCGAACAUCCUCUCUCCACGCUCUCCUCCUCCUCUCCGACUCCGCCCUCCCAUUGGGCUCAUUUGCAUACUCCAGCGGGCUGGAGUCCUACCUCGCACAUAACAAGCCUCUCCGCACAAACCCUGCUUCCUCAUUCCACCGCUUCCUCAAACUCUCCAUCGCCUCCAUCGCAAGCACAUCCCUCCCAUACGUCCUAGCAGGUUAUCGCCACCCCGAAACCCUAGAGACCCUCGAUAAUGACCUUGAUGCCUCAACCCCCUGCAUUGUAGCGCAGCGCGCCAGUGUAGCCCAGGGACGCGCCUUGAUCGGCGUGUGGGAGCGGGCCUUCCGCGGCAGCUUCGCCGCUCCUACUAAGCCCACCGAUACCGGUGCUCAGGUAUCGGUGACGUCGAUUGAUGAAUUCUCCGAUGCGUUGAAAUCCACGCUCGGCGAGGUUGACGAAUAUGAUAUGGGUCCCAAGGGUCACUUUGCUCCGCUUUGGGGUGUCGUCUGUCGUGCUAUGGGACUGGAUCUCCAGCAGACUGCUUAUAUCUAUAUCUUGAACCAUGCUAAGGCGGUGCUGAGCGCCGCGGUGCGGGCUUCUGUCAUGGGACCGUAUCAAGCACAGAAUAUCUUGGCGAGCCAGAGCUUGCAGGAUACUAUGAUGGCUCGCAUCAAGCGGGAGUGGAAUACCCAGGUUGAAGAAGCUGGCCAAGUGGUGCCAGCGCUGGAUCUUUGGGUUGGCAGACAUGAACUUCUAUACAGCCGGAUCUUCAACUCAUAG